AUGAGAUAUAACAUCAUGGAACAGGGACGAGAGGCAACGGAUGAUUUCGUGGAGGAUCUCAUAUCGGAUGAGCCCUAUGCCAUCGGCGAGGUGUCGGCCAUCGUCGAACAGCUCACCGAGGCAUUCCAAGAGCUCUCCCACAAUCUUCGCAAACCCAACAUCCUGCUGGUGGGCAAGACGGGCGCGGGCAAGUCUUCGCUCAUCAACGCCGUCUUCGGGGCACGCUUCGCGGAGACCGGGUCCGGGCAGCCCGUUACACAGCACUUGCAAAAGUAUGACUCGGGCCAGGUGGUGAUCUACGACACUGUCGGCCUCGAACACGGCAGCUCAGACCAGUUUGUGAACGACGUCAAGCAGUUCAUUGCCACCUCAAACAAGAGCAGCGACUCGUUCGAGGCCAACCUGUGCAACACGAUCUUCGGCGACCUCCCCAUCUUCAUCAUUCUCAACAAGGCCGACACUGCCUCCCCGGAGCAGGCGCGCAUCGUCAAAAACCAAAUUCUCUCUCUCAAACUAUCCAACUGUAAAGCCGUGUUUGAAGUGGGUACGGAAACCGCGUCCGUGUGUGUCGUUUUCAGACCGGAAGAAUUAUUCUAUAUCCGGUUCCGCGCCAAAACAAAAGAGGUCAUAUGCGACAACGAGGCGUGCAAUGCGCGAACAAUUUUGGGUCCGACGCUCGGUCUAGGCGACCUGGUGUCCACCACCAUCGACCAUCUGCCCCUGGUCGCUCGCCAC